AUUUUUCAUUGGAUAUAACAUCAUUCAGAAUCUCUUUACACCAGUGUAUGUUCACAGCUGGUUUAGUAUAAAUGUACAUCUCGGUGUAUGUUCAUGACCAGUUAAUGUUAUUGUACAUUUCAAUGUAUGUACAAGAAUGCAAGACCAGUGGUGUUAUUGUACAUUCCGAUGUAUGUAUGAGACCAGUUUAGUCUUAUUUUACAUUUCAAAAUAUGUACAAGAUCUGUGUAGCAUCAAUGUACAUUUCAGUACAUGUAAAUGACAAGUUGUAUGUACAAAAACAUGUACAGGUCUUAUACAAAAAUGUACAAGACCUGUGUAGCAUCGAUGUACAUUUCAGUGUAUGUACAUGGCCAGUUAUAUGUAAGAGUUAUUGUACAUUUCAAUGUAUGUACGACACCAGUUUAGUGCUAUUGUACAUUUCAAUGUAUGUAUAAGAUCUGUGGAGCAUUGAUGUACAUUCCAGUUGAUGUACAUGACCAGUGUAUUGUUAUUGUAUAUUUCAAUGUAUGUACAAGACCAGUUUAUUGUAAUUGUACAUUUCAAUGCAUUUACAAGACCAAUGUAGCAUCGAUAUACAUGUCAUUGAAUGUGCAUGGCAAGUGUCAUGUUUAUGUGCAUUUUGAUGUGUUAAUGAACAUCUCAAUGAAUGUACAUGACCAGUCUAGUGUACAUGUUAAUGUACUUGUACAUGAUGUACAUUUCUAUGUUAGUACAGGGUGUGCCCAAAAAAUUUGCAACUUUUUUUAGAAGGCAAGAAAGAUAUCAUAACAUUAUGGUAUUGACAUAAAAAAGAUUUUACAGAAACUUAAGAAUAGGCAUAUUUUACCAUUAAAAUACGUAAGCUAAUACUGAUUU